CUGUCACAACUUCAGAAGAAGAAAGUGAACCAUGUUCAAAGUUCCAGCCCAGGGCCCUGUGGGCAUGAUGAUGGGAGUGGUCUUUGCUGCUACCCCCAUUGAUGAGAAGUCGCCUAGCAAAGAGCUCAGCCUGGAUGAGCUGUCCCUCUACACCAGUCCACAGCCCAGGCUGCGUUACAUAGAGCCGGCAACGGGCCAGCUGGAGCAGGGACUCACCGUUGUACGCCAGGCCACCCAGCCGUACAUCACCUGGGGACAGCAAACAACAAACUCGGCAGUGGACAAAGUGAAGGGGGUGUAUGGGAAGGUGAAGCCUAUAGCGGAUGACGCCGUUCAAAUGGGGAAAGAUGGUUAUGUCUAUCUUCAGAACCCUCCCCCAGAGUUCUAUCCACGCGCAGGAGUUAUCGGGUUCGCUGGCAUCCUGGGACUGUUCUUGGCCCGAGGCUCUCGGUGGAAGAAGUUGGUGUAUCCUACUGGACUGAUGGCCAUUGGAGCGUCUGUGUACUACCCUCAAAAGGCAUCCGAAAUGGCCAAGGCUACUGGUGAUGGCAUAUAUGAUUAUGCACUGCAGGCCUAUGUUGCCAUGGAGCAACUGGUGAAGCCUCCACCCAAGCCGCUGAAAGAAAAGGUUGAGAAAAGUGCCAAAGAGGAGACCAAAGCUUGAACUCUGGAGCCGGUCCAGGCUCCUUGACUUGUCUGAGGGAGACAGAACGAGUUCCAGGUUCCGUCCAGUUCUGAGCAAAGCCACACCCCUCAAUCAUAUUCAAGCCCCUCCUCUACCCCAAUACAACAUUCUGCACUAGAAUGAGACACAAUAUUCUAAAAAAUAGUCCAACGGAAUAGUCCAAUGAAAAACAUGAAAACAAAAGUGUGUGGACUCUUCUAAAGAAUAUUGUGCCUCCUCGUGUCCUGUACCUGAGAGGUUCACAGUGACCUCUUCCAACUGCACUAGAAUAAGACACAACCCCAAGUGUGGUGACCACUCCCACAGGAGCGGGGUCUGUCCAAUUAUUUCUGUUACAACAGAAAGAAAAAUUAACUAAUGAACAAUGUGUAUACGUUUAAAAAUGUUUUUUCGUAGAUAAAGUAAUUUGGAAUUAAGGAAAAAAACUAUUUUGUCUCAAAUCUGUAUUUGUUUAAAAUAAUCUUAAACAUGUUUGAUUAAGUUAAAUUCACCUUGGAAACAUGAAUGUAAAAAAUGGAUUCAUAUUUAUAUAAAUUAUAAAUGGUCUGACUGUGGAAUUAAAGAUGUAUAUUUGAA